GGGACACACAAGGUCCAGUUUAGUGUGGAUCCCAGUUCCCUCCCUGGGCCCAGAUUCUCAUCUCCCCCUGGCAGUGGGGUUCAGCUCAGGCAGGUGAAGAACUGCUGGGACCCCUCCGACUGGAAGCUGUGCUGGAGAUGGUCUUCCAAGCAGAUACCCUCUUCCCAACCCUGGAUGCAGGGCUUUGAAACUAGAAAAUGCCAGGUCUGAAAGAGAGGAAAGAACAAGUCCAGCAACACACAGAGCUCUGUGUAUUCAGAGAGAACUUGGCAGGGUUGUGUCCGGGCAGAGAAACUCCGAGUGGUACAAAGGGACGUGCCCAGAGUGGAGAAAUCAUGCUAAUUGUCUGCACCAGAGCUGGAGAACGCCACCCAAAAUGAAGAGAGAAAGGGAAGCCCCGUCCAGAGCCUUCAGUGCGCUGCGCCUCGCUCCUUUUGUCUACCUGCUUCUGAUCCAGACAGAGCCCCUGGAAGGCGUGAACAUCACCAGCCCGGUGCGCCUGAUCCAUGGCACGGUGGGGAAGGCCGCCCUGCUCUCUGUGCAGUAUAGCAGCACCAGCAGUGACAAGCCCGUGGUCAAGUGGCAGCUCAAACGGGACAAGCCAGUGACUGUGGUUCAGUCCAUCGGCACAGAGGUCAUUGGCACCCUGCGGCCUGAUUAUCGAGACCGCAUCCGCCUCUUCGAAAACGGCUCCCUGCUUCUCAGUGACCUGCAACUGGCCGACGAGGGCACCUACGAGGUCGAGAUCUCCAUCACUGAUGACACUUUCACCGGGGAGAAGACCAUCAACCUCACUGUAGAUGUGCCCAUUUCAAGGCCACAGGUGUUAGUAGCAUCAACCACGGUGCUGGAGCUCAGCGAGGCCUUCACCCUGAACUGCUCGCACGAGAACGGCACCAAACCCAGCUACACCUGGCUGAAGGAUGGCAAGCCCCUCCUCAACGACUCUCGGAUGCUCCUGUCUCCAGACCAAAAGGUGCUCACCAUCACGCGCGUGCUCAUGGAGGAUGACGACCUGUACAGCUGUGUGGUGGAAAACCCCAUCAGCCAGGGCCGCAGCCCGCCCGUCAAGAUCACCGUGUACCGAAGGAGCUCCCUCUACAUCAUCUUGUCCACAGGAGGCAUCUUCCUCCUUGUGACCUUGGUGACUGUCUGCGCCUGCUGGAAACCCUCCAAAAAGUCUGGGAAGAAGAGGAAGCUGGAGAAGCAAAACUCCAUGGAGUAUAUGGAUCAGAGUGAUGACCGCCUGAAACCUGAAGGUGAGCUCCCAGCCGCCCACUCACCCAUCCCAUCGUCACUCAGAGCAGUGGGCUGCUGGGAAAAGGCAGAUCUGGGCGACAAGGAAGCCAGCUCUGCAGGGCCCCUUCCUCCACCAACUGCACGAAGACUGCAGAGCAGGGAGAGGAGCAGCCAAGCAGACACCCUCCCACGAAGUGGAGAACAGGAACGGAAGAACCCCGUGGCACUCUAUGUCCUGAAAGACAAGGACUCCCCGGAGCCUGAGGAGAACCCCGCCCCGGAGCCUCGGAGCGCGGCGGAGCCCGGCCCGCCGGGCUACUCCGUGUCUGCGGCCGUGCCGGGCCGGUCUCCCGGGCUACCCAUCCGCUCCGCCCGCCGCUACCCGCGCUCCCCAGCGCGCUCCCCCGCCACCGGCCGGACGCACUCGUCGCCGCCCCGGGCCCCGGGCUCGCCUGGCCGCUCGCGCAGCGCCUCUCGCACACUGCGGACUGCGGGCGUGCACCUGAUCCGCGAGCAAGACGAGGCCGGGCCGGUGGAGAUCAGCGCUUGAGCCUCCUGGCGUCCUCCGGAGGCGCCCGCACACCGAGGCCCACGUCCAGGGGAGGGCGGGGCAGCGGGGCUGCGGCCCGCGAGGGGCGAGGGAUUAGGCGAGGUCCCGCCGGGCAAGAGGAUAGGGCGUGGGGACCACUGUGAGCCUGCGGAGUCCGGGGACGAGGCGGGAAUGGCGGAGGGUGGACCAGAUUGUGAAAUCGGGGUGCGUUUGCUCCCUGAUCACUGGCUGUGUUCUCAGUGGGUGUGGGUUAUGCCCUCUUAGGACCAUAUAGAUUAUUAAAUUUACGGCCCAAUCCCCAGAGAGGCUUAUGGAAACUAACAUCAGUAACCUAACCCCGAUGACUAUCCUGUGUCCUUCCUAGGACGCAUUUAUGCUUCCCACCCACCCUCUCCCCUUGCUCUCCAGGAACGAACUCCUGGUUCCUAGGGAACUUUCUCAGCAAGUCCAGAUUAGAGAGGCCACUUGCCUCAAAGGUACAACUGUCCUGACCUAAGGGGGAGCCCAGGAAAUCACCGUGAAGACAGGACCUUGGGGCACCCUUCUCAGGCAUCUGGGACCUGGGUACCUACCAGUUGGCCAGGGAGGGGUUCAAGGGCAUUUCUUUGCCGCCUGUCCCCCCAGCCCGCCCACAACCCGGGUCUAGCCAGAGCAAAGGAUUCAAGCCUCCUAGGCUUGGCCUCCUCCCAAAGCCCCCUUCAGCAGCGUGCCCAGCAUUCUUUUCAUCUCUAGUCCCUAGAGAAGGGGCUCCUCACUCAUUCCCAGAUCCAGAAAGCUAAAUCAAGUGAGGAUCUGUCUUUUGACCCCUCCUAUCUACUGGUUCUCCCUGGCUUUGCACAAAAUAAGCCUUUCAAACAAUCAUUGUCCCCAGGAAAGGUUGUCGAGCUUCCUGAAGGUUUAAGAAGAUGAAGUUCGACUCUCCCCAGAAAUAAUGGAAGGAGAAAGAUGCUCAUUGCUCUUCCCGCCCACCACUGCGUCUUAGAGGCCGGAUGGAAUCUUUGGUCUCAGGCCUCUCACCUGCCUUGCUCCCCGGUGUGCAGGGCCCAGGAGACAGGCCAGGGCAGGCUCCCUAAUUACACAAACCGGCAGAAUAUGGAGAGAUUGGUCCACUGUCUAGCUAGGCCAUGCCCAUGCCGCCACCACUUCCUGCACAGUUUGGAGGAAAGACAGUCAUCUACCUUGUGAAGAUAGAAGGCGAUUAAAAUGAUGCAGAAGAAGCCCUCUGUGUGUGCUGACCUCUCUUCCCUGAUACUUCUAGCGCAUCUCUGGUCCCUCCUCAGCUUCCUGAGCUCCAGCUCGGACCCUGCACCAUCCCACAGAAGACCUCCCGAGGUCCCAGUUCCCCACCACUCCACGUAGGACAAGUUUUGUCCCAGCCCAAGGGCAGCAACAUUUCUAGUUGACUCCCUCCCCACCUCAUAACCUGCAGGUCGUGGUCCUCCCAGCUCCCUGCCCCUAUGCACUUCUCCGGGCUCAUCUGUGCAGGUAUGCCUUUGCAGCUCUGCUUCCUCACCCCAGAACUGCUCCGCUUACUUUCCCAGGUGCCUGAUCUAGGAGACAAUGUAUGCGGGGGUGGGGGUGGAGGGGAACACCCCCCCACAAGUUGCUCAGGCAGGUGGGAGAUGCACGAUGUAGUCUCAGACAGGUACAUCCCAGUCAACCUGGAGAGGCAAGGGUGACGAUUAAGGCGAGAUGAGGGCAAGCUGUACUCUAAUCCCCAGUGCUGCAUCCCUGAGGGGCCGGCUUCCCAGGCUCAAGUCAAAUCUGCCUUAAAAGGGGGGAGGGGGUGGAGCAAGGCAGUGGUUUUGUUUUUGUUUUGUUUUGAUCUUCAUCUUUGUAUUACUGGCAUCUAGCAGAGUGCCUAGCACAUUCUGGAUGCUCAAUAAACUUUUGAUGAAAUGAAGUGA